GUCGCGGUCGUCGCGGUUCAAGCAUUCAUUCAGUUCCUGGCAGUGACAGCUCCCGUCUUCGGUCUUCACAGGCGGCCACCAUCGCGUUGAUCCUCUACCCGACUGCGCAAACCGAGCCUCUUCGCAGCUUCGAAUCUACCAAAUAUCCAAACACCAACACCACCAUAAUGAGCGACCGUCUCUCCCAGCUCCAGGAGGCUGUUGACCAGCUAAUGGAGCAAUUCAUAGCCACCUACUUCUACAUCGACCGGCACCACGACCUCAAAACCUUCGGCCCAAAAGACACCAUCGCGCCCUCCAAAACCGACCAGCCGCCCGAAGUCGACACCCUCCCGCCCGACGUGUUCCAAGCGGGGCAGCUCGAGCUCGCGCGCGAUCUGAUCACGCGAGAGCAGCAGAUCGAGUACCUGAUUUCUAGUCUGCCGGGCCUCGAUAAUAGCGAGCACGACCAGAUGCAGAGCAUCAAGGAGCUGGAGGAGGAGCUGACGGUUGCCGAAAAACAAAGGCAGGAGGCGGUCAAGGAGAAGGAUGAGGUGUUGGUUAAGUUGGAUCAGACUUUGAGGAGUAUUAGGAGGUAUUGAUUGGGUGAAACAAACUGUUGAGGAAUGGGUUUAAAGCAUGCAUGGGUACGGUGCUGGCAAACGGUUGGGACA